UAGCUUCACUUUGUCGGCUAUAUUAGGCUUUGUCACAGAAAUUCAAAUGACCAACGUUAGCAAGUUUUGCUAACAGUAGUGGCAGUUAGACACAACAACCUAACGUUAUUUAGCGUUGUUAAGUGACGGUGACAGCGUCGUGUCUGUAAGUUACGUUUACCAGACAGCUAACGGUAGCGAACAAGAUAAAGGGUGUCAUCAUGUGAAGAUGACUUCAUUAGUGGCCUAUGAAGAUUCAGACGAAUCAGAGGAUGAUAAUCUUGAGCAAUCAGAGGAGAGAGUAUCAGCCCCUGUCCAAGCUGGAUCUUGUGAACAAAACCAGGAAGUCAGGUUGAGUAAGUCCUCAGAGGUAACACCGAGCCCUCACAGCUUCGCACCUGACCCUGAUAGGUCAGUGUUGGAGUAUCAUGGAAUUGCCUCAGAAACAAGCAGUUUUUCACUACAGCCACAGAGCUAUUUUGACUGGGAAAGAAAAUAUUGCACUGACAAGACAGCACAAGAAAUACAUUUUAGAGAUACAGCAGCUCCUCUGAGUUUACCUUCGACUCAGGGGAAGAUCCCAUCACUGCAGACUCUUCCUCACACCACACAAAGUUUCGGGGAUGCGUCUGCCCCAGCAAAAAGACACCACACUGUCCCGUCUGGUGUCAGACCAUACAUUCCCAAAAGACUCAGACUUGCCACUUCAGUAGAGACGGUGGACCCACAGUGCCCAGCAGACCAAGUCUCAGGAAACCAGACCAGGGAAAGCCAGAUUCUCUCAGACGUGUCGGCGAGAAUAAAGCCGUAUCUUCCCCAUAAGCCCGGUGCUGCAGGGAUACCGAGGAGGCUUCUGAUGAGCCUGGGAGGCCACCAGGGUCCAGUCAACACGGUGCAAUGGUGUCCUGUGCCUCAUCUCAGUCAUCUGCUGCUGUCUGCCUCCAUGGACAAAACUGUCAAGGUGUGGGAUGGAGCAGAGAGCGGGCGAUGCCUGAGGGUUUACACCUGCCAUUCGGGAGCUGUGCGUGAUGCCUGUUGGACCCCCUGCGGGCGACACCUCCUCACUGGCUCCUUUGACAACACGGCUGUGAUCACAGACGUAGAGACAGGGCAGCAGCUAGUGAAAUUGGACAACCAGUUCAAAGUGAUGUGUGUGGUCCUGCAUCCCAGCAACCCAGAGGUAUUCCUGUGCGGAGGUUACAGCUCUGUGGUCAAGGCCUGGGACUCUCGCAGCUGCAAGGUGGUGAAAGCGUACAAAGCAGGGAUCCAGCAGACCUUGGACAUCCUGUUUCUGAGAGGUGGUGUGGACUUCAUAACGAGCUCAGACUGCGUGAGCAGAGACUCUGCAGACCGCACCCUCAUUGCCUGGGACUACCAGACCACAGCCAAGGUCUCCAACCAGAUUUACCAGGAGCGGUACACGUGCCCCAGCCUGGCUCUCCACCCACUGGAGGAGUCCUUUGUUGCCCAGACUAAUGGAGACUACAUUGCAGUGUUCUCCUCCCAGCAGCCCUAUAGAAUGAACAAGAGGCGGCGAUACGAAGGACACAAGGUGGAGGGAUACGCGGUGCACUGUGAGUUUUCUCCGGAUGGAACUAUCUUGGCAUCGGGAAGCUCCACCGGCUCUGCUCACUUCUACGAUUACCACAGCGCUCGUAUGCUGCACACUCUCCACGCUCACAGCCAGCCCUGCCUGUGUGUUUCUCAGCAUCCCGUCCUGCCUGCGACCGCGGCCACCUGCGACUGGGCCGGUGAGAUCAAGGUCUGGCACUAAAGACUGUGAAUGAACAAGUUUUUAAAAAAAGGGGGGGGCAAGAGAAGACUGUAUUAAACUGAAAGCUUGUGCACAUCCAUCUUCAAGACUUUAUCUCCCAUAAUCUCUUGGUAUAAGAUGAUAAGAACUUGGCAAAGAAAUGCUGGAAGUCAGCAAAUCUACUAUCAACUGACGCCUUUGAAAAACAUUUUCCUACACUGUGUAUCCUGCAAAGCUUUCUUGUUAUUUUAACAACCACCCACAUCUUCAUUCCCGUUCAUAUGAACUUGCACUGGCACAAGAACAACAGACUCUAUUGUGUAAAUCCUACUAUAAGCAUGUUUUUCAUAUUUGGCCCGUCUCAUAUUGUUGUAACAUCCUGAAAACAGCGAGAGAUACACAGCGGAGAUAAAAGGAAGUUUCUCUACAGUUCAAAGAGUGAAGUAUUGUUAUGAGUUUUAUCUUCAGUGGAAGGUGGUGGGAAAACAGUCUGGAUGCGCACACAAACACAACCUUAAUGCUUAUAUGCUCAGCUUUCCACUCCAAAAACAGCGAGGGACUUCAUCACCAUGUUCUUGAAGUUUUUGUCAAAACAAAAAGCAAAAAAAAUAUCUCUUUGGGCAUUUUCUAAUCAGUAGUGUUUUUCAUUUCACAUUCUGCA